UUACCUCCAAUAAACGAAUGGUCGGCUACGUUUCCCCCUAUGCUCCCUACGCGGGAACGCGUGUCUCUCAGGAACCCUGAUACGUCGGAAAAGAUUGCGAAAAGCUUUUUGUAUGGAAAAUUGACAAGAACAGAUCAGCCCAAGAUUGUCAUCGAGGCAUUCCCUGGCCCCGGUUCACUAUCUAGAGGGUUACUGGUUCUCCCUCCGUCGAAACUAGCCAAAUUAAUUAUUCUAGAGGAUCACGAGCCUUACUUGAAUUAUUUGCGUCCGCUUGAAGAAGCAGACCCCCGCGUUAAGGUCAUUCCUAUGAGUGGAUUUCUGUGGACCACUUACUCUGCCCUCGAUGAAAUGGGUAUUCUCAAUGAUGUCGAUACUGUGCCUUGGGAUUCGGGCAUUCAUCCCAAUCUACAUUUUAUCAGUCAUCUUCCGCAAAGCAUCCAUGGCGAGCAAUUCGUUGCGCAGCUUCUCAGGUGUAUCCCUGAGAGAUCUUGGCUCUUCAAAUAUGGGCGCGUCCCAAUGAGUCUCGUUCUUGGAGACUGGGUCUGGCGGCGUAUGUCUUCGGGGAUCAAUGGGGCCGAACGCUGCAAACUUAGUGUUAUCACGGAGGCCGUCUCAGACUCCAGUCUCUCAGUCCCACCUAGCACGCUUCUCCCAUAUGAGGACCACCUCCACCCGAUAAAGCACUAUGCGACGAUCGAUCCCAAACGCAAGCCUGACCCAAGGCGCUACGGACAUCCGCUUGUGGCAACUAAUUUGGUGCCGCUUCAGGACCAGUGUAUCGAUAAAGGAAAGCUUGACCAGUGGGAUUUCAUCCUCCGCCGCCUCUUUGUGCUCAAGUCGACACCCCUGAAAACUGCCAUAAGCUCUCUCGCACCCGGUGCACAAGUGCUACUCAAAGCCCUUACAAGCCCGGACCUUCCAGAGUCUCAGCGCGUAGACACCGGGAAGACGGUCAGGAACCUCUCAGUGUCUGAUUGGACGCUCUUCGCGCGCGCGUUCGACGAGUGGCCGUUUGCACCGGAGGUAUGUCCCAUUCCUCGUCUGCCAUGU